AUGGCAUUCAUUGACGUGUUCGUCGGUUUCCCCGGAAGCGUCCACGACGCAAGGGUGCUGCAGGAAAUCUUCGUCUACGAAGUGGGGGUCUACGAAGUAGCUUCGAAAUGCGAAGGUGGAUAUGUGCUCGGGGAUGCAGCGUAUACCUUACUUCCGUGGCUGCUACCACCGUACCGCCCGAUCGCUAACUGGCAGCCUUGGAUGACGAGGUUCAAUAAAGUGCACAGCAAACAGAGAGUUGUUGUGGAGUGUGCUUUCGGUAUACUGAAGGCGCGCUUUCAACGGCUCCUUUACAUCGGUGUCACGGACAUCGAGCAGGCCGUCCGUAUUGUCAUCGGUGCCUGUGUUUUGCACAACGUUGCAAGAAGAAGCGGCGACACGGUCGACGAAGGGGAAGUGGCCGACACCGGCACGGACGUGUCUUCUACCGACCCCAUCGACGAUCAGACGCCGGCCGUGUCUGCUGCCGCGAUGAGGGACACUUUGGCGCAGAGUUUGUGA